UGCGCCUUUGGUGUGGGGUCUGGUAAAUUCCUGGGCUUUAUGGUCAAUCAGAGGGGAAUUGAGGCGAACCCUGACAAGAUCAAGGCCAUUCUUGACAUGAAGUCACCCUCCUCAACCAAGGAGCUCCAGCGCCUCAAUGGAAGAAUCGCAGCAUUAAAUAGGUUUGUCUCCAAAUCUGCAGACAAAUGUCUCCCUUUUUUCAAAACUCUCCGAAAAGCCUUUGAGUGGAAACCUGAGGCAGAGGAGGCUUUUCAAAGGCUCAAAGCCUACCUAGCAGCACCUCCCCUCCUGUCACAUGCUACCCCUGGAGAAACUCUCCAUCUAUACCUUUCUGCUUCCCCAUCAGCGGUAAGCUCAGUGCUCGUUAGAAACAACAAUGGAGUGCAGAAACCAGUUUAUUACGUGAGCAGGGCAUACCGGGGGGCAGAGGUCAGAUAUUCAGCACUAGAAAAACUGGCACUCGCUCUGGUCACGACAGCGAGACGGCUGCGACACUACUUCCAGGGCCAUCGUAUGGUGGUCAUCACCGACCAACCUCUUAAAAGAAUCUUGGGAAAGCCGGACGUAUCUGGCAGACUUCUUAAAUGGGCAGUAGAACUCGGGGAAUUCGACAUUCAGUACCAACCUAGGACGGCCAUCAAAGCACAAGCCCUAGCAGAUUUCGUAGCUGAACUCACACCAACAGAAGAUGGGAACGAUGAGGAUCCCCAAAUGCCCAACGGAGACAUCAAGAAGCCUAACAAAGACCCUCAAGCAGGCGCCCAAGUCUCCUCCCCAGGAGCCCAAACAACUUUUUCUGAUGACCAGGCAUCCCGGGCUGCACCUCUAGCUCCUGCACCACAGGCUGCACCUCUGGAUGCCCAGGCAUCACAGGCUGCACCUCCCCGGUCUUCCACUUCAAAUUCCAAAUUCUCCACUCAUCUGCUUUGGAAACUCUAUGUAGAUGGCUCCUCGACUAGUGAAGGAGGAGGAGCGGGCUUAAUCUUGAUCAGCCCAGAUGGCACCACUCUCAGAUAUGCGAUGAAGCUCCACUUUUAUGCUUCCAAUAAUGAGGCGGAAUACGAAGCCCUCCUUUCUGGAUUAAGAUUAGCGAUGGAAAUGGAGGUUCAACACCUUGCCACCUACAGUGACUCUCAGCUGAUAGUCAAUCAAGUGAGGGGCGAGUUCGAAGCCAAAGGAGCCAAAAUGCAAGAAUAUCUCAGCAUGGCUAGAAACAUGAUCACAAAAUUCCACUACUUCCAGAUAAACCACAUCCCCAGAGAGGAUAAUAUGGCUGCCGAUGCACUCGCAAAGCUCGCUUCAUCCAUGGAAGCCUCAUCAGGGGAACCAGUACUAAUUGGUCACCAGUGCGAGCCGAGCAGGAUGGACAUGGAGGCCACAAAUAUUGACUGUGUAUCUACUGAGUCAGACUGGAUGACCCAAAUCAGGGCAUACCUCCAAGAGGGUGUGCAACCAGAUGAUCCCCUAGAGGCCAGGAAGCUAAGGAUAAGGGCCUCCAAGUUUGCCAUCUUGCAGGACACUCUAUACAAGAGAGGCUAUUCCUUGCCGUGGUUACGAUGUCUUUCACCUGAAGAAGCUCACUAUGCCUUGCGAGAAAUCCACGAAGGAAUCUGUGGGAAUCACUCUGGAGGGCGUUCCCUUGCCCACAAGGCGCUCAGACAAGGCUACUUCUGGCCUACCAUGAUAAGGGACGCCCAGGAGUUCUCCAAAAAAUGCGACAAGUGCCAACGCUUUGCGACUGUGCCGAGGCAACCACCUGAGGAGCUAACAACCAUUUCAAGCCCAUGGCCUUUCUCCAAGUGGGGCAUCGAUAUCCUAGGCCCCUUGCCUCUCAGCAAAGGGCAGUGCAAGUUCGUGGUGGUGGCAGUCGACUAUUUCACCAAGUGGUCAGAGGCAGAACCUUUAGCAAAAAUCACAGACGCAAAGGUCAAAGAUUUUAUCUGGAAAAACUUGGUCUGUCGCUUCGGGAUUCCCCAUGCCAUUGUCAGCGACAACGCCAAGCAGUUUGACAACAAGCUGCUGAACUCUUUCUGUUCUGACCUUCAAAUAAAACAACCUCACUCCAGCCCGGCACAUCCACAAGCAAAUGGACAAGCAGAGGUCAUGGUAAGAACGGUGCUACGCAAUUUAAAGACAAGGCUUGAAAAAGCAAAGGGCCUUUGGGUAGAGGAGCUGCCAGGCGUACUGUGGGCUUAUCGAACCACGCCAAGAACCCCUACUGGGGAGACUCCUUUUUCCCUCGCCUUUGGAACCGAGGCGGUCAUCCCUGUUGAGAUAGGGGUACACUCCCUAAGGGUCCAGCACCACGAUCCCAUCACCAACGAGGAAGGACUCCGCAGCAACCUCGACUUGGUGGAGGAAGCGAGGGAGAUGGCUGUAGUCCGCAACGCGGAGUAUAAACGGCGCAUGACAAGGUACUACAAUUCGAGGGUGAAGCCCCGUUCCUUCCAACCUGGGGAUUUGGUCCUCAAAAAAGUGAUCCUCGCUACAAAGGAUGCACGCGAAGGAAAGUUAGGACCAAAUUGGGAAGGGCCCUACCGCGUAACAAAAGUAGUGAGACCAGGCACCUACAAAAUCCAAGAUUCUGAGGGAAAAGUUUUACUCCACCCAUGGAAUGCAGAGCACUUGAAAAGGUAUUACCAAUGACACCUUGAGAGCAUCAAAGCAGUAGAAGUUGGGACUUGAUUUGAUUUUUAGGGGUGUUACCCAAGAUUUCAAUGUAUUUUUUUUUGGGAAUUAUUACCCAAUAUCGCCUUUUAUAAGCAAUAAAUUAAUAAAAUUUUCUAUGCCAUUUACUCCAAAAAGAUUUUCUGUAUUUCAUUUCAAAGGAGUAUCGGUACAAAAAUAAGGCCAAAUACCGCCUUUUC